GUUUAUGCGAAGCUUCCGUGUAGAAUUCGCGGUUCGCUUUACACUUAUCUGGUGUUCAACUUUAGCAGUUUGUUCGACAGAGUUGAAGUCUCCUGUAGGACAGAAAAAAACGAGCCGUGGCUCCUCCAUCGCAGGGGAGCUUAUUCUCAGGCACUGCUGAUCUCAAGCUUUGUGGCCCCUGCUGACCCUCAGCACCUGCCACUGACCUCUGUGCACACAAGGAUCUCCCAGAUGUAGAGGGAGUUGACAUCUGCAGCUGCUGUCUACACAACCCUCGUGGUGUCUCCUGAAGUUACCCACCAUGCGCGAGUACAAGCUAGUGGUGCUGGGUUCAGGAGGCGUGGGAAAAUCUGCACUGACAGUCCAGUUUGUGCAAGGAAUUUUUGUGGAAAAGUACGACCCUACAAUAGAGGACUCCUACAGAAAGCAAGUGGAAGUCGAUGGGCAGCAAUGCAUGCUAGAGAUCUUGGACACUGCUGGAACAGAGCAGUUCACAGCCAUGAGGGACCUUUACAUGAAGAACGGCCAGGGUUUCGCUCUGGUCUACUCCAUCACAGCACAGUCAACAUUUAAUGAUCUGCAGGACCUCCGGGAGCAAAUCCUGCGAGUGAAGGACACGGAGGAUGUCCCCAUGAUCCUGGUGGGAAAUAAGUGUGACCUGGAGGACGAGCGUGUGGUGGGCAAGGAGCAGGGUCAGAACUUGGCCCGUCAGUGGAGUAAUUGCGCCUUUUUAGAGACGUCGGCGAAAUCAAAGAUCAAUGUGAAUGAAAUUUUCUAUGAUCUGGUGCGACAAAUCAACAGAAAAACACCGAUGGAAAGGAAGCCAAAAAAGAAGAAGGGCUGCACACUACUCUAAAAACCACCACACAGACACACAUACACACACACACACACAAAUCUGGGCUCCAGGCCAGACCUGUCUGUUUGUGGACCCUGCCAACAUUCCGAGUCCUCUCUGAAAGCUGAAACAUGGCAGGAGUCGCCAUGUUUGGAAAUCCUGCUCUCCAAAAAAAAAAAAAAAAAAAGUUGUAAUUAGAUGUUUCACAGCAUCAUCAUAGUUGCUUUUAGUGAUAAAAAGAGAACCAUGUUUGGGAUUUCAAGUGUACUGUCAAAACUCAAUCUAGUUAAACGUUGGCCUUACAUUUCUGCACUAACAGUGACGAUGACGAUGAUGCAUCCUUGCUCUUGACUUACUCUCCUACUUUGAUAACAUAUUUCCUAAGUGACUUGGUUUUAUAAUGAGCUGCAAGCCUUCUAUGUUCCACUUAAUAUAUUCAACUCAUGUGUUGGCAUAAAGUUGAGGACGUAACUGUUUUAUAGACUGGGUGGGGAGAGGGGUGCCUUUGUGAUGACGAAAAGAUAUUUUACUAAACCACAUCAAAUAUUGCUUCUUGUGUCUCUGUCAGAUGGCUUUUCCAGCUUUUAUGAAAUGAUAAAAAUUUAAUGUUUUAAUUAUUUUCUGUCCUGAUGAUUAAAAAUGACUUGUUUGUUA